AUGCCGGUGUGGUGCUGCAGCUGCUCCCUGGCCGGUCAUUUCAGAAACUAUAGUGACACUGAAACCGAAGGAGAGAUUUUUAAUUCCUUAGUGCAAUAUUUUGGUGAUAAUUUGGGGCAGAAAGUUAAAGCUAUGCCAUUAGUUGAAGAAACUUCUUUACUGGAAGAUUCAUCAGUGACUUUGCCUGUGGUAGUAAUAGGAAAUGGACCCUCAGGAAUCUGCCUUUCUUAUAUGUUAUCAGGCUACAGACCAUAUUUAUCAUCAGAAGCAAUACAUCCAAAUACAAUCUUACAUAGUAAAUUAGAAGAAGCAAGACAUCUUUCCAUUGUUGAUCAGGACUUAGAAUACUUGUCUGAGGGCCUUGAGGGCCGAUCAUCCAAUCCAGUUGCAGUACUUUUUGACACACUUCUUCAUCCAGAUGCUGACUUUGGUUAUGAUUAUCCAUCCGUUUUGCAUUGGAAAUUAGAACAACAUCAUUACAUCCCUCACUUAGUUCUUGGUAAAGGUCCACCUGGUGGAGCUUGGCAUAAUAUGGAAGGUUCCAUGUUGACAAUCAGCUUUGGAAAUUGGAUGGAGCUACCUGGACUUAAAUUUAAAGAUUGGGUAUCUAGCAAACGAAGGAACCUAAAAGGAGACAGAGUUAUGCCAGAGGAAAUAGCUCGCUACUAUAAACAUUAUGUAAAAGUCAUGGGUCUUCAGAAGAAUUUCAGAGAGAAUACUUAUAUCACCUCUGUAUCAAGACUCUACAGAGAUCAAGAUGAUGAUGAUGGACAAGACAGAAAUAUUUCAACACAGCAUUUACAGAUAGAGAAGUCUAAAUUUAUCAAGAGAAAUUGGGAAAUCAGGGGUUAUCAGCGAAUAGCGGAUGGUUCCCAUGUUCCCUUCUGUCUCUUUGCUGAGAAUGUAGCUCUGGCAACUGGAACAUUGGAUUCUCCUGCCCAUCUGGAAAUUGAAGGGGAAGAUUUUCCUUUUGUGUUUCAUUCAAUGCCUGAAUUUGGAGCUGCUAUAAGCAAAGGAAAGUUGCGUGGCAGAGUGGAUCCAGUGUUAAUUGUAGGUUCUGGGCUUACUGCAGCUGAUGCAGUACUGUGUGCGUACAACAAUAAUAUUCCUGUGAUUCAUGUGUUUCGCAGACGAGUAACUGAUCCAAGCUUAAUUUUCAAACAGCUUCCCAAAAAGCUUUAUCCAGAAUACCAUAAAGUCUAUCAUAUGAUGUGUACUCAGUCAUAUUCUGUAGAGUCCAAUCUUUUAUCUGAUUAUACCAGUUUUCCUGAGCACCAUGUGCUUUCCUUUAAGGCGGACAUGAAAUGCAUUCUUCAAAGCCUCUCUGGAUUGAAAAAAAUAUUUAAGCUGUCUGCAGCAGUAGUACUCAUAGGUUCUCAUCCCAAUCUGUCUUUUCUGAAGGAACAAGGCUGUUACUUGGGCCAUAACUCAAGCCAGCCAAUCACAUGUAAGAGUAAUCCUGUGGAAAUAGAUGCAUAUACCUACGAAUGUGUUAAAGAAGCCAACCUUUUUGCAUUGGGUCCUUUGGUUGGAGACAAUUUUGUUCGAUUUUUAAAGGGAGGGGCAUUGGGUGUGACACGCUGUUUAGCUACAAGACAGAAAAAAAAACAUUUAUUUGUUGAAAGAGGAGGAGAUGGGAUAGCUUAAAGCGAAUUUAUAAGUAAUUAAUAUGGGCAGUUAACCAUUAAAGAUUUUUCAUAGUGGUUUUGCAGUGUACUGGCUUGAAUUUUCUGGACUUGAAUGUGGAAGAGAGCCUCAAGCUAUAGUAACUGUUUAAAGUUACAAGAACUUGGUGUUCUGAUUUAUAUUGUAUCAGAGGUGUCACUGUCAGACAAAUAGAAACACUGCCAAUUUGGUAUACUUUAAGCUCUCACUUAACUAAAACAUUCUUUUCUUCCAAGACUUAUUUUUUGUGAUCAUUUGUGGCUACGUUUGAUUCCAAAAUCUUAACAGCCUUGAAUAAUCUAUAAAACCAUAGGGUAUAUUAGGCCAGAAACCAUCUUCAUUAUACUUUAGGUCACCUUGCUGCUCAAGGGUGGUCUAAAGACCAGCAUUAGCUUCAUAUGUAGCUUGUUAGAAACGUGGAUCCUCAGGUCCCACAACAGAAUUAGUGAAUCAAACUGCCUCUAAUGAGAUCCUCAAGGAAUAUGUAUGCUUACUAAAGUUUGAGGCACACUGGUCUAAAAGAAAAUGUGAUACAAGUUAUGUAUGCUGGGGGUGGGCGGGGUAGGAGGCAUUUACAACUCAGGUUUAAUUUAUUUUCAAUUAUCAAUUUCUAUAAAUCUAAUUUAUUACCAAAUGUGGUAUUUUAAAAAAUAUUUUUAUUGUUGAA